AUGUAUUCGUCUCUGGUUUCUAAUGAUGGUUAUCGUUUCGAUGGUCCUGGUCAGUUUUGCGGACUUUCCUUGGUCCUUUCGGAUGGUUCUUGUCCAAAUUUGUUUCCUCUUUCCUCUUCUGGUCAUAUGUCUGGCGAUUUGUCUCCUAUUUUGGAAGAAGUUUCGUUGCCCUUUUCUCAACGUUCUUUGGCGCCCAAUAGUUCUCUUGGAACAAGUUUUGUUGCGCUUUCGAGCUUGCCUCAAUCUGAGGUAAAUUACACUCGUCUCUUUGGCGGCGUUCUUACGGAAUUAGAUUCGAAAAUGGCUUGGAUUUUGACCUUGCAGGAACGUAUUUUUAAUGAAACCUCAAUUUCACUUAAUGACAAUGACAAUCAAAAAUUGUUGGACCGUUACUACGAAAUAAAUAAUGACCUUUUAAUUCAUAAACAAGACGCCCUAGCCGUCUGCGAAAGAGCUGAGUUGCUAGCUCAAGAAGCUAUCGCUGCACUUUCUUCAGAGAAACGAAGUCUUUUGGAAACUAAGGCUAAGGAGGUUCGCUUGGCACUCGGACAGCUUAUUCAGGAGGCGGAUUUGAGGAUACAUCUUCUGGCCGCUAGUCUAGACAACCUUGAGCAGCUGACGUUUCAAUUACAGGACUUGAAACCGUGGCUCACAUCUGUUGAACAGUCACUGAAGGAGACAUUAGAGAUCGAAGCCUCUCACCCCGAAAAUCUCUCUGCUAAACAGAUCCAACUUAGUCGCACAGAGCACGAAUUACUCGCACGGCAGGCGGAUUUAGCAAGCGUCAUGUCAAGUGCUCAGAAGUUCCUCACCUGCUUGGAAAAGUAUAACACAGCUAAGUUGGAAUACGCCAGUCUCACCGGUGCUAAACUUCCUCCCCCACAAACCACCGAAAGUGUUAUUUCCGCUGUCGAAACGGCGGUGGAAUGGACACAAAACAAGUUCAAUAAGCUAGAGCAUUCGGCGAGGGAGUACGCUUCUAUAUACUCCGAUGCUGCGAUGAGUUUCAAUGAAUUUACUAUGGGGAUUGCAAAAUGUUGCGAAUCUCUUGAUGCAGCAGAAAAGGUCUUUUGGCAGUCCACUCGGAAACUUCUUGCCGCUGGUGUGGAUGUUAACCCUCGGUGUGAGGCCAGUGCCCGUACACCCGUAAACCCGCAAAUGAUCACUAACCCCGUGCUUGCCUUAAAAAUGCAAGCGGAUGAGCUUUCAAACCGCAAACUGCCAGCUGUUUUGGUACCCUCUUCAACAAUCAAAACUUGCAUUAACGAACCACUGGAAAAUGUAGAGGCUCGACUCUCCUACCUAUCCAAAGAAUUGGACUCUAUGGAGAAAGAAAUUAAAUCAAUUCUUGGUGUCAUUAAUGUUACUGAUGAUUCUCUGGCGGCUACAUCGGCGUGGCUGGAAGAUGCGAUUGCUGGGGCAGAGGAAAAGAAUGAAUUAACCCUGUUGGAAGCUAGUAAAACAAAUAACAAAUUGCAGGCCGAAUUGUCUGCUCAUGAACCUGGACUCCAGGCCUUACUUGAAUCGACUCAAGAAGAAGUAGAAAGGCUGGAGAAAUUGGGAGAACGACAAGAGGAGAUCGAAAAAGCGAAGGAGAAGGUUGUGACAGCAACAAAGCUGGUCGACAAGUGCGCUGAGCUGCGAAACAAGCUAUCCCGCGACCAGAUCCUAUUGGAUGAAUUAGGGCGAAAGAGUCUGCUUCUCGACAGCAUCUCAAAGAAUAUCAGCGUAUUUGUGAAUUCUGCACGAUCUGACUUAUCUGCCAUUGCGGGUGGCCGAAUAAACGAAGACGAAAGUAAUGACCGAUUGAUGGAAACGGAGGACACAAGAAACUCAAAGAUAGCCGAAUUGAACCAGCUCGAGGAGGUGAUAAAUAAACUAGCGUUGGAAACAAAUGAUUUGGGUCAAGAACCGGGCAUUACCAGUGCCAAAGAGAAAAUAGCUACCGCUCGAGCUGAACUUGUUAAUCUUGAUCAGUCAAUCCGUCAGGCGCGUCAGAUCUGCAAGGACCGUCUUCAGCGCACCAGUCAAUUUGAAGCCAAACGUGGAAAACUGCUUGAUUGGUUGCAGAGUCUUGAGAAACGUCUGGAUACUGGCAUCUUUACUGAUCGUUCAACCAUUGAGGAUGUCUCACUUCGUGAACAAUUGAAGGAGCUUGAAAAAAUCGCUACUGAGUGUAAUGUUCUGGAAAAUGAAGUGGAAUUGGCUUGUGGUCUCUUGAAGCCAUCUGAAAGCUUAAUCGACGACAAGUUGGUUCAGGAUGCUGAAAGUUUGCGAAACGGUUGUGAGAGGCUCAAAGGUCGAGCUUGCUCCAUGAAAUCAGCUUCCACAAGCUCUUUGAGACGGCUAGAAACCUUUGCGAACGCAUUUACGGAGGCAAAUGCAUGGUUGACCCAGCGACUCAAUCAGAUCACUCAACUCCAGCUUACGUCUGUGAAUUGUCAAGAAAUCCAUAGUUUGAGGAAGAAGCUGGAUAGAUUUAGAGAUGAAUUUGAAACUAUGACUCCACGAAUCGACGGUUUGAGAAGACUUGGAAAUGAGCUUCUUAAUCAAAAGGGAGCUGGAAGGGGCUCUGGUCGCAUUCGCGAUCAAAUGAAUAACAUUGAAAAGAAGUGGCAGGCAUUGGACGCUCUCUGCAAGCAUAGAGUUGCAGAAAUAUCGGACACAUAUUCGCAGGCUCUUGCGCUCGAACAGUCCUAUAACGACUUGGACACUCAACUUAGUCGACAUUCACAAAUGUUUGAGACUCUCUCCACGGUCUCCAUCUCCAAGGAUCAACUGCAGAACUUACUUUCUCUCCAAUUUGGUUUGAUUCAAACCAAACCAACGAUUCAAACCUUUGAAGAAGCAGCAGGGAAAUUCAUCAACUCACUCUCGGUUACUACCGACGCGUCAGAGCUGUCAGCUCGUGUUAGUGGCUGUCGUUCACGUUUUGAUGGUCUGAUUGGCGCAAUUGAGUCCCGAUUGGAGACACUUCAGAGUGCCCUGUGCGCCAAACAAAGUGUCGCAACUUCAGAGAGACAAGAUUUGGAGGACGCGGGUGAACGCGAGAUACCAACGGAAGGAGAAACUGCAAACUCGGAGGAAGUUAUCCUAGAGGAACCCAAGUUUGGUGAAAAAGCAAAAAUCUCAAAAGAUGAGCAUAUCUUACCGGCAGAUGCGGUUGUAGGAGCUGAGCCAGAUCUAAUUAAGGGAACUCCAAUUGAAGUGGAUUCAACAAUAUGCAAAAUUGAUGAUCUAAAGGACAGAAUGGUGGCAUUUCAGGCUUGGCUAGAUUUGGAGUCACAAGCUAUUGAGUGUCCAGUCUUCGAGAAUGGCUCGUAUCCAGUGACUCGAUCAGCGUUAACAAAGGCAAUGCAACGAGUGGAAACAUUCAUGACGUUGAUUGAAUCGCGUGACAGACACCUGGCAAGUCUUCACGCCGACGCAGAGGUGUUGUGUCCGGAUCUUUUACGUGAUCUUGAGAAGUUUCAGGUCCUGUUGGAUCAAAUCAAAAGCCGAUAUACCAAUAAAAGUGAGGCUCUUCAAGAAAUUCUCGCCAAGAGUAAACCCAUUGAGACGGAAUUGCAAGCUCAACAGCUCACAAUUGACGAUCUAGAAUCCCGCUUUCUCAAAAACCUAAGCUCUACGAGCAGAUUAGAGUCCUUUCAACAGGAUUUAUCAAGCCAUGAGUUUCCACGUCUUGACUCUUACAUUUGUGAUUUGGAACAAACUCUGUUAAGCCUUGGUGACGAGAGCUCCGGUCAGUCCAUUCAACCUCUGCGACAGCAAGAAAUCGAGUUGCGGCAGCGCUUGAAGUGCCUCAAAUCUUCAUUAAAACGAGCGGUUGAGGGUGGACAAGAUGAUCAAAAGGCGACCUCCAAUCUUUUGACACGCACAGAUCUCAUCAAACGCCGUAUGGAUGAAUUGGAGGCCCAACUUGAAGCUGCUGGCUCCGAAAACACUGUUCUAAAUUUAGACACCCUUUCAAGCAGAUUGGAAGAUGUUACUAAGAUUUCCGAAAAAUUGAACCAAUGCAACGACGCGUUGAAGUCUCUUAAGGACGAUACGAAGGACUUGGCGCCAGUCCCGCUGUUAGAGAGUCUUCUGAAGGAUCUCAAGAAACAGUCCAGUCGUAUUUCCCAGUCAGCGCACGAGGCUACCGAAAGGAUCAACCAAAAAAUUGAAGUAGCACAGCAACUCGCUGAUCAACAAAAGCUUCUUUCAAGCAGUCUGUCGAAUGCUCGCACCUCAUCCCCCAUUCAGCCACACAGACCUCUGCCAACGUCACAAAAAUUGGAGGACUACGAGCACCAGUACUUGAUGCCACUGAGAAAUCAGUUGGAGCGACUUCAAAAGACCGGUGCAGUCCUAAGUGAAAUGACUCAGCCAGGCCUUGGAAGGCGCGGACUUGAACAGGAUCUAAACUCCACUAGGGCGACGGUUGAGAAUCUCUUUGCUCUGGUUAGCACCGCGAAGGAACAUGUUGGUGACACGUCCGUCUUCUUCACGGCACAGAACAACAGUGCUCGGCAAUUAGAAAGCGUCAUACAAAAUGUUCGCGAUGAGUUAGCGGGACAAGGACUCCCGUCUCUAGUGGCAAAUGUUGCACAGUUGGAUGCAAUACUGACCAAACUCAUGUGUCUUCGAAACCUCCUUCAAUCUCGCCGUGAAAGUCUGGAGCUUUUGGCUGAAGCUACAAAUACUGAAGCUCAUUCAGAUAACGUAGCCAAGUUGAUUGAUGACUAUCAAAAUGUCUUUGAUGAGGUUAAUUUUCGAAUUAACAAGGUGUCCGACGUUCUAGUCCGUCUGAGGGAAUUCAACUCCCUCUACGAGUCCUACCUUGGAUGGUUGGCAGAUAUUGAACUCAGAUUCAACAAACUGCCGAUCUUUCGAGAUCCAGUCGUUACAAAUGCCAACAGGGUUGCAGAGUUGAAAAAAUUGUCCCAAGACUGCAUGAAUGAAACCGAUACCGUUAUUCAGCUACAAACUCGUGGAACUGAGCUUUUAGGAAUGUGUCCAGAUUCUAGUGCAUCCGUGAUAAAGGAGAAGAUGGAACAUGUUGGAUCGUCAUUCACUGAGCUGUUCGAUAAGGUGAAUAGCGCCUCCCAGGGUGUUGAAUCUGCUCAAUCAGCCAUCAAUCGCCUCCUGAAAUCAAACGCCUAUCUCACCGAAACACUUCCAAACUUGGAGUCAAGAUUAAGAAAUGGUGAAAGCUCAAAGAUUAUUGGAGAUGAGCUGAAUAAUCAAAUGAAACCGCAUAUAGACUUGUUGACAAGUGCUCUGGAAGAGAUUCGAAAGAAUUUACCUCAUGCUCUUUUCUUGGAUCUACCGUCCCAACGACACCCAUUGACCAUUGAAGAACUUGCUGCCGACAAUAUUUCCCGUUUUAAUAACCUAUACAGCGAGGCAAUGGAUGCAUCACAGAAGGACCAAGUGCUAGAAAUUCAGAUCAAGAAUGCUUACUUAAAAUUAAAAGCAGAUGAGGAGUGGUUGGAACAAGCGAUGCGUCGUCUUGACCCCAAGAUUCAAAGUCAACCAUCCAGAGAGAUCCUCUCGCUCAAUGAAGAUGACAAUCCAGAGAACGCUUCUUACAGCCUUGCAGUGUUACCAGCUCGUGCAGAGCAAAUAGAUCGUCUAAUUAGCGGCAUAAAUGCGUUCCGUUCUGAACUUUCGAAACGUCAAUCAGACAUUGAGGCCCAUCUUGUGGAAGCGAAACGUCUACUGGACAAAAUGCCUCAUCGCAACACAGAGGAAGACCUGAGUCCAACUCUGGAAGGAAUGGUUAAGCGGAUUAUACAACAAGACAAGGAGAUCGACGCCCUACUUGACUCAGCAGAUGCUCGAUCUCAACAGGCAUUGGCGCUUUCAAAAACCCUCUUCGAAAAUCUAACAAAAGUGGACAAUUGGAUGACGUCAGCAGAAAGUGUGCUCGAUCAACUUCCUGUGGCACCACUAGCUGUGGAAGAAGAAUCCGAUGCACUACGAAAAUUGCAUAUUUCUGCAAAGACACUAGAACGCGAAUUAGAUGGCUACAAAGUGAUUCUUGAACAGGCUUCUAGCACUGCUGCCGCGCUUUCAGCACUAACAGCACCAUCUGAGUCAACUAGUGUUGACACCAAAAUCAAACAGAGCAGCUUACGAUUUCGAAAACUCGCCAAACGAAUUAGAAAUCGGUCAAUCGAUCUUGAAGAUGCAGUCACUAACUCCAUUGACGUGAACGACAAACUAAAUGUACUGAAUGAGGUAUUGAAUGAAACGCGUGAUCUGGCUGCUACAAUAGGUGUGCGAUUGGAACCACCGAGUCACGAUCUGUCGCCCCCACGCAUGCCCCCAGAAUUCGAUCUAAACAUCCUCGCGCCCUCUGCCCACGUUCAGCAGCCCGUCAGUAUGCGGACUGAGUACCUCGGUAGUCAGAUCGCUGAAGGCAAAGCCAUUCUUGACACACUGGAGCGUCGACUGCCGGCUUUAGUGGAACUGACUAGUUCUAUCGAGGAAUUUUUGUCGGCUCCCCGUUCAGAAAUGUUUAGCACAGUUGAACGAUCGCCACUUGCAGUCGGACUCGAGGACGAACCUGUAAUCGAUGUCAAUGUGUUAAAUAGAGCCCAGUCUUUACAAAAAGAGUGGCUUCAACUACGUGCCAAGGUGUCGCAACGCCUCACCAGUCUAGUGGAGGCACAUCGUCUGGCCUCUGAAGAGUUCUGGCUACCUUUAUCGAAUUUUCAAGGAAGUCUAAUCGCACUACGACGCUCUAUGGAUGCUGUGGCAUCUGGACAUGUAGCUAGACUGCCUCUGGAACCGUCAACAUACACCUCUCAAAUUGAGGCGCUACAGGACAUCCAAAAACAACACGAAGGUUCUAGUGAAAGACUGGACGCUUUACGAGGUGUUGGGAACAAAAUAAUCAAUUUGUUGAUUGAUGAGAGGGCCAGAAGUGAGGAAGAGAAAAGUAUAUUGAAAAAGGAAAUCAACAACGCCAUUCGCGAGGUUUCAGCAAUUGCACAAAAUAUUACGACUACAUGUGAACAGCAACUCUUAGCGGCAAAGGAUCACUUAGUCACGGCUCAAAAGCUUCAGACUGAUCUGAAUGUCUUUGUCGACCAACUUGAAAAAGCAAAAACUGAAUUUGAGGCCUUUGAACCGGUUGCAAAUACUAUUGAUGCAGUUUUAAAAUUAAUGGAACAGCUUGAAGAAUGGAGUUCCUUGAUUCCACCGAAACACGAACAACUGGAAAAUUUGAACUGGGUUGCGGGUCAGUUGAUGUCAGUAGCAGGAAUUUCCGAAGCUCCGGAGCAGCCGCCUUCAAAGGUCAGUGGUGAUAUUGGAAAACGAGGAGCGCAAGUGCAACUGAUGCUCACAUCAGCAACCGCGCGAUGGAAUGAACUCAACGAUGCAAUUAAUCGCCGUCGUCAUGACCUGCAGACACAGCUGAUGACACUUGGCGAUUUCGACUCCGCUUUGGACGCUCUCAUUCAGUGGAUUAAAAUGAUGCAAGCCAAUAUUGACGGCAUCUCAGUGUCACGGGGAGACAAAAAGUCUCUGGAAUUUGAACUAUCAAGAGCGAAGGUAAACAACUUAGCUAUUCUCUUGAAGGCUCAAAACUUCUACAGUCGGUUGGACGAACUCCGACGAGAAUGUCGACGGCUUGAAGGAAAAAUUUCGGCUCCCGGAGCUCGGCUCAUUGGUGGUCUACCUGACAGCGCAAAGCAGAGCCUAAACCGAUCCCUUCAAUUGCACAAUUCAGUGGAAAAGCUCGGAAAACAGAUCGGAGAUCUGCGUUCAUCUUCAGCGGGUCUACUAGCUUCCGCCGGUAGUACACGCGAUCAUCUAGUGGGUCAUCUUGACGGCUUGAGCCAGCAGCAUGCGCAAUUGGAUGCACAGUCACAGGACCGCCUUAAGCAAGUACAGUUGGGUGUAGCAAAAGUUUCGGCUUUUCAUAACGAUCUCGGAGAUUUUAUUCAAUGGCUUACACAAGCUGAGCGACGGAUUAAUCAAGCACCCAAUAUCUCAUUUGUUCCAUCCACACUCCAACUUCAACUUCCAACACAAAUAGCGUUACGGCGCGAAAUCGCUUCAAAGCGUGAAGCCGCUCUGACACCACUUGAUCGAGCAGUUUUAUUUAUUGGAUCGAAUGCGUUGGAACAGGAUGUGGUUCUCGUGAAAAACCUCCUAGCUAGUGCCCACUCAAGUACCCAACCCAAUGUUCUUCUGCGUGAACUGAAUCAGCAUCGCGAGUUCCAGCGUGAACUGGGUGCUCACAGUGCCUCCUACGACUCGGUAAGGCGACACCUCAUCAAGGUGAAGGAUAAGGCACCCCGGGACGACCUAAUUGAAUUGAACCGCAUGUUGAGUGAAUUGAAGUACUUCUGGAACGCAGUUUGUAACAAGUCUCUUGAAAAACAAAAGGUCCUUGAAGAGGCUCUAUUGCGUUCGGGUCAGUACAAAGAUGCAUUUGUUUCGCUUCUUGAAUGGAUAAACAAAAUUGACAGUCUUCUAGACGAUAACGAGAAGAAAGGAUGUGCUGGAGAUGUUGAAACUGUAAAGCAACUGGAAGAAGUCCACCGAAACUUGUUAGAUCAGCUACAGGAAAGGGAGACCUCGGUGAUAAAAUUACAGACUGCGGCAUCCCAACUGCUAACCAAAUGUAGACCGGAAGGAAGCAGUGACGCUGCUGAAUUGACUGAUUCCCUCGUAAUGCAAGAGCAACUGGCAGGGCUCAACGCUCAGUGGACAAAGGUUCAGCUCAAAGCCAAAGCACGCUCCGACAAUCUUAAAUUGGCUCAUAAGAUCGCUGAGGAGUUUCAAAGAUCCUGCCAAGACGUCUUUGAUUACUGUGCAGGAGCGGAGUACACAUUGCGUAAGGUUAGCGCUCUCCCUGAAGGUGACGAUCCUCGUGUAAUGGAUUCCACAGAUCCGCUUGUUGAGGAGAAAUUGGCGAACGCCGAGGUGGCUGCGAUAACCUCAGGAAUGGCUGCUCAAGAGUCCCGCGUGUGUGACUGCCUGGCUCGGGGAAAUAGAAUUCUUGCAGAGUGCAAAAACAAUCCAAAUGGCGCUUCUCGAAUUCGCCAGUGGAUGAACGCCGUGAACACGCGAUGGGAGGAAAUGCUAGACUGGUCACAGAAACGGGAAGCGAAAUUGGCGCAGCUGUCGAAAGAUCAGCGAGAGCGUAGAUUAACUCUAGACGCACUAAUAAGCUGGCUCAACACUACAGAGGUCAUUUUAUGCUCUGAUCGUAUGUAUGUUCAGCCGACAAUUUCUAUGGGCCCACUUUCAAUUGAAGUCACAUCAGAGAUCUCCUCUGGUUCCUCCAGUCGUAUUGAGAGUGGUUCAAUUGGAUUUGAGAUUGAUACGUCCCAAGUGGAGCGGCUGCUAGCAGAGGUUGGUCAAAUUGAAGCCGAGCUGGAAAAACGACGCUCUCAACGAGAUGAAGUACUUCGACAUGCGCGCAAAUCUGCUGUUGAUAGGAAACGGCAAGUUGGUAGCAGGGGCAAGGCUUUGGAGCACCCACCAGGAGACUAUGGACACGGUUACGCAAGCGUAAGGGUGAAUGAGAUGUGUGAAAAGUGGGACAGAGUGGUGCGGAUCGUGAAAGCACGCCAACUAGCACUGGAAGAAAGACUGGCACAUGCAAACGAGGUGGAAAAACUGAAGACCUUUGAUUUUGACAAUUGGAGACGUCGUUACCUGAAUUGGAUGAAUAGCAAGAAAGCACGUCUUAUUGAUAUGUUCCAUCGUUAUGACCUGGAUCGUGACGGACGUCUUUCACGGGAUGAAUUUGUGAAUGCCAUACUGAAAUCUAAAUUCCCAACAUCUAGACUAGAAAUGGAGGUCGUGGCAAACAUAGUAGAUGCAAACGGUGACGGAUACAUCGACAUGAAGAAGUUUAACACCGCGCUGCGUUCUGCCACGGUGCCGAAAUCGCAUCAUUUGGACCUGUCGAAAAUCGAAGGAAGUGCCAUUGAGCAUGAAGCUAAACACCAAACCAGUUUGUGCACCUGUCAUAAUACUUACCGCAUCAGUAAAAUCAACGGCAACAUGUACAAGUUUGGUGACUCCCAGAAACUGAGACUGGUGCGAAUUUUGCGAAGCAAUGUGAUGGUUCGGGUGGGUGGUGGAUGGACGCCACUGACGGAGUUCCUGGUGAAGAAUGAUCCUUGUCGAGUCUGUUUCUAUACGGAUGAGGAGACAGAACGAGGAAAACUGUCUCACGGUGACGCACUGUCAAGCUUGGCAGACAUGGCAGCAGUGGCCUCUACAAGUCCCACCGAGGAUGUAAAUGCACCUCGAGAGCUGAAGCUCAUUCCGAAGCACCUGGCUGCCUCUCUGCCACAACUCACUCCUAGUUUGAGUGGACCGAGACGAAGCCACUGGUGUCGCAGGGAUGAUCAAGACUUAAAUGAAACCUCUAGGAGUGGAGAAUUCUACAUCGUGAUGCCACAAACCAUUUCAAUGACAAACACUGAGACUUCCACGAGAUCCCCUCCUCGUGGGGGACGAACUGCAUUUUGGACGGGUAGUGAGUCAGCCCGCAAAGACGCUGGCUUUCCGGAGGAUCAGACUCAUAUGAUGCUUAAAUUCCAUCCACGUUUUCGAGAUGGCAGCUCGGCUUCUGUCACUUGUACAGACCCCAUUUGCAGUAGACAGGUGGGUAACAUCUCAUUGUCCCCGUUGAAGCGAUCCAAUCCUCGACAUGCAACACCAACGCGUCGAAUGGAUCACCUUAACAAGAAAGAUGGGCGUCGGGUUCCGGUUAGAACCAGUCUUCCAAUUGUUGUUGAAUUAGCAACUGAAGCCAAUGUCCUUCCAACCUCCCUCAGCAGUAGCCUUUCAGAACUCCCCGAAGAUAGAAAAGAUCCCUCACUUGAGUCCGACGUAAACGUCACCGAGCUGAGCCCAGCUGACGAAAUGAUAUCCCACUCAGUAGAAAUUGGGGAUCAACCACAAGUUGGUACUGGUCAUCUAUCGUCAAUUUUGGAGCAUUAUGAAGGCGACGUUUCUAAACCAACAUCUUUGCCGAAGACGGAAGAGAUGGAACCAGAUUCAACUACUAGUGCAUGUUCUCCUAUUACUCAGACAAACCUGCAGUUUCCGUUGUCAAAGUUAGAAACACACAAAAUGCGUCCGAAACUGUCGUCUGAAAAAGAUCAAGUCCUGUAA